AUGGACUCUCAUGGCGGCACCAGCUCGAAGGGCACCUCACCCGAUGACAAAGGCAAAGGCUACGAUCAGUAUGCCAUCUUUGACGGCCUUCUUCCUCGGAUAGAGACCAGAGGGCAGAGCAAGAACUCGUCGAAGAAGAGUAGCGGCAAGAAGAAGGAAAGCAAGGGCUCAAGUCAACAAAGUCCCGGCUGCGUCAUGGACGAUCAAGUACUGUCGACCGAGAAGGCGUUCGAUUUCAUCACAGUGUAUCUCUUUCGCGAUUCGAAGUCGAUGGCAGUUCUGAGUUGA